AGAUGUUUGUCGCAGCGCUGGCAACGUGGAGGGAACGCCUCCAACACCUGUACCGUUCUGGCCCUGCUGGGGGCCCCUUGUGCUUUCAUGGGUUCCUUAGCUCCUGGUCAUGCUGCAAACUUCUAGCCCACUGACAACUUUUGCCAAGCGGCCGUAACAGCCCUGUUGUCUUGAAGAGAAGCUUGGGAGCAUCUGCCUUCUAUUCUACCCGUCAGAGAACCUCACCUCCACCACCACCCCAAGAAGACGUUCAUGUUUUCUGCCCUCCCAGCUUCGUCCGUGAUGAUUUCCGACGCUAUGAGGUGGAUCUCACCCAUGUGGCUUUGCAUCUGGCAUGCAGCUUGCCCAUUUCAACGCUUCAUCUUGUCUGACUUCCAACGGUGCAAAGUGGAAGUUGCCCAUUUGGUCUGGCAGAGCCAGGGGGAGACACCGUGUGCCUGCUGCCUCAUCAAUUGUCGCAACGGUUCUCGGACAGUUACUCUUUAUGACACCAAUCUGCCAGAUGUGACAGCUGCUGAUUUUGAAAAAGUUGACCUGUCUCAAUACAAGUGGAUCCAUUGGGAGGGGAGGAAUGCUUCGGAACAGGUUAAAAUGCUGCAACGGGUAGAAAAGUAUAACCAAUCCUGCCCACCAUCUGAACGAGUGACCACAUCUGUGGAGGUGGAAAAGACCAGGCCAGAACUGUACCAGCUGUUUUGCUAUGGAGAUGUGGUCUUUGUCAGCAAAGAUGUGGCCAAGACGUUUGGAUUUUACUCAGCUCCUGAGGCUGUGAAGGGGCUCUAUAGGCGUUUGAAGCCAGGAGCUACCUUGAUCUGUGCUUGGGCUGAGUAUGGAGCUGACGCAAUGGGACCAGAUAAGCUGCUGGUGCAUUCAGAUGCAUUCUCCCCUGAAACUGUUGUGGAUACUCUGGGGGCUGGAGACACAUUCAACGCUGCUGUGAUCCUGGCUCUAAGCAAAGGAAAUACACUUCCUGCAGCAUUAACCUAUGGAUGCCAGGUGGCAGGCCGGAAGUGUGGGGUUCACGGGUACGAUGGGAUCGUGUGAGCAACAUGCUGAGAGCUGUUACCUGCGGGAUUUCACUGGACCAUGGACUAAUGCUGUAUUAUUUCUCAUGGUAGUGUUCUAUUUGUUAGUGGCACUGGCACUGCUCCUUUGGCAUCUCCUGCAGGUGGGAAGACAUGUCAGGCUGCCUGCCACACAUUCCAUAUGCAGUCUGGCUAAGCUGGCUCAGACGCUUCUGUCUCCUGCCAGCAGGAAAAGAGGUUUCGCUGUAUAACCAUGAAAAGAUAAAUAAAA